CACACAACUCACCCACUAAGGACAAUGGCAAUAACAUUCAAGUACCUUAUUACCAUCCUCUUCCUUACCGUCGUUAUCAGAGGGUCUAGUUACUGUUCCUUGAACAACAUCAAUAUUGGGACCACAAGGAGUGGGAGAAUAAUAGAUGGCAAGCCUGAGUGGAACGUUGUUUUGAUCAACAAUUGUUCUUGUGUACAAAGCCACAUACGGUUGGCUUGCAAAGGAUUUCGAAGUGUAGAAAAUGUUAAUUCAUCAAUUCUUUCCAUACAGGGUGAUAGUUGUCUCCUUAUCAACGGCUAUCCCUUGAAGGGUUUCGACACUGUUCGCUUCUCCUAUGCAUGGGAUCCUCCUUUUUUACUUAUGCCUACAAGCUCUCGCAUAUAUAGAUGUUGAUAAUUAAUUUUGAUAUAAACCAUGCUAUGGAUUUCAGUGGGAAUGCUAUGGAUAUUAGC